GUCGCGACUCGCAACCCCGCGAUUUCACUAACAAGGACCAUCUUGAGGCAAGACUCCAUAAGUGCCUUGGCUUCCGUGUCUGUUUGCACCACACCCUGAACUGGUAAUCAAUCUAACAACAAUGCCACCACCACAACCCGAGCCCAACCCCGAAGAGGACUCCCUCCCCCUGGACCACUCCCACAUCCUCCUCACCUCAUUCAACUCCUUCCUCACCGUCGCCAUCCACAACAUCCUCUACUACCGCAACAUCUACCCACCCGCGACCUUCCUCUCCACCAAAGCCUACAACCUCCCCGUGCACCAGAACCGCCACCCCAAAGUGUGCGCCUGGAUCCGCGACGCCGUCGAUGCAGUAGCAGCCCAGCUCGCGACGGGGCACGUCUCCUGCGUCGCCAUCGUCAUCCACGCCCCGCUCGAACCAUCCCUCCCAACCCACCAUCACCCUUCCCCCUCCCAGUCCCAAUCCUCCCCAACCACCACCCCGUCCCAAUCCCCCCAACCAGCAAUCCCCCCCGGCGCAGUCCUCGAACGCUGGCUAAUCGACACCUCCCGCUUCCCCACCUGGCCGUCCACCACCGGCACCACCACCACAAACACCCCAGGCACCACCAACCCCACCAACACCCCCAGCAACAGCAGCAGCUCUAGCAAAAACAUGCGCGACUUCGCGCGCGUCCUGGCGCGGGACGCACGCUCCGAAGAGGCGCGCGAGCGGCACCUGGGCGCCGACGCAGGCAACCCGGGGCUGGGGUGGCCCGACCUGGACGAGCAGCUGCGCGGGGCGCUGCGGCGGAUGGCCUCGGUGGCGGAGGGGAUGGGGCCGCUUCCUUUUUCUGGUGGUGAUGUGGGAGGGGGUUCGUCGGGGUGUACGUUUACGGUGGCCGUGGAGUUGGGGGAGGAGGGGAGGGCGCCGAUUGGGCAUCCGCAGGCGUGGAUACCGUCGGAGCCGAACUUGCAGCCCAAGGGGAGAGGGCGGGAGGUGGACGGGGAGGAUAUCGGUGGCGUCCGGACACGGCCGAUCAGGGCGGUGGAGGCGGGGCCGUUGUUUUUCGAGUGUUGGGUCGAGGAGAGCAAAGCGAAGGAGACGUUGAUGAAGAUGGCGGAGGGGCCUGGUCAGAGUCAGGGGUCGACGCAGCCUUUCUGAAGUAUUGUGCUGGUUUGGCUUUCACGGAGUUAGUCACGAAUGAUACCCACGAUGGAACAAUCACAAAAG